AUGUCCGCUUUGCCUGCGUCAUGGUAUUCCACAUCGGAGAUGUAUGAGCUGGAGCGCCGCGCCAUUUUCAGUCGCAAAUGGCUGCUCACUACACACACAAUGCGUUUUGCCAAGACUGGCGACUGGAUCAAAUAUAAUAUCGCUGGAUACGCCUUCAUCCUUGUCAAGGAUCGCGAGGGAAACGUCAAUGCCUUCCAUAACAUCUGCCGACACCGCGCAUUUCCAGUAGUGACUGGGGAUGGUGGUUCUUCCCGAAUCUUCUCUUGCCAAUACCACGGGUGGUCCUAUGGACUCAAUGGCAAGCUCGCCAAGGCACCUGGAUACCAGGAGCUGGAGGGCUUUGAUAAGAGCAAGAACGGUCUCUUACCAAUCCACACGCACAUCGAUGACAAUGGGUUCAUCUGGUUGAACUUGGAUGCCGACGAGACUCCUGAAUUUUCCUUUGCAGGUGACGCCAAAGAUCUUGAUCUGCAGGCCCGCCUCGAGGGGUUCAACUACGAAGACUAUGAGUUUGAUAACGCAUGGGAAACGACCACCGAGUUCAAUUGGAAGAUCCUUUCACACAUCCUCAAUGAGCGCUACCAGGGUCAAACCUCUUCCCCCGAUAGCAAGUCCGAGCAGGUUCCGGACAGUCUGAGGGCUGCUAGUACUUACUACUUCCCCAAUGCCACCAUGACCGUUUCACCCCAUUCUUUCUUCAUGCAACGUUUGGUGCCCACAGGCCCCACUUCCUGCGCGGUGCGAUACGAGGUUUUCCGACACAAGAGCUCCAACGAGGAAGACUUUGAGAAGAUCAACGAAGUAUACCAAAGCCUCAUGUCCGAGGACAAUGAUCUCUGCACUGAAGCACAGCAGAGUCUCAAUGAAGGCCAGAUCUCUUCGCAGCUUGAAAAAGGCCCGCUCGACUUCCAGACCGCUGUUUACGGAUUGGUUACGGAGCACCAAAAACGGGAAGAGGAGGCGCAGAAGCCGAUCUGGCCUGCGCAGCAAAAACUCCCCAUUGAGGCAGAAACCAGUCAGGAGGAUAUGGAGUUUUGCUCGAAACUCUCGAGUCCCCCUACUGGGUGCUGCGGAGGGAAAGCUUGUGGAGCGGGCCCUGCACCAGGACCAGCGACUGCCACCGAGACAGCAGUCUAUUAA